UUUUUUAUUUUUUUCUUCCCCAUGAAGAAUAAUAACCUUGCUUCAGGGCCGGACCGCCCAAACGCAAACAAAUACCAUCACAUCACCAUCUCGGGAGGGGAGGGCCGCCCUCCCAUCCCGCCUGCUCGUUCCCCGCCAGCAUUCUCCAAUCCAAAAGGGCCGAGACUAGCCUUUCGUUUCACGAUUUCCGGCCCCACCUUUCCCUCCCCAAUUCCUCCUCCUCCGGUCGAAUCCACGAAUCUGGUAAGCUGCCGCCUCUCUUCUCUCCCGAUUUGCCGAUUCCAGUCCCAAUCCGAUCUUCUUCUCUCCCACAUUGCCGUUUAUGAUCUAGGGUUCCGGGUGGACCCCCUCCGGUUCGCCUCAGUCGAAUGUUUCUCCCGAUCGCCGACUUCUCCCCUCCCUCGGUUUGCAUUCCGUAAGGCGUGAAAAAAUUGGCGCCCCAACGUAGGUCGCAGCGCCACGCCGGUCGCAUGCAGCAGAGCAACGCCGGGGCGGCUCUCUACGACCAUCAUCCUGGUGUGGGGCCGGGGGAUGCCGGAGAGGCAGUCAUGGCUCGGUGGCUCCAGUCCGCCGGGCUCCAGCAUCUGGCGUCGCCGCUGGCUUCUGCCCCUAAUGCCCUUAUGCAGGGUUAUGGGUCGCAGAGUGCUGAGGAGAAACAGAAGCUUUAUAAACUUUUGAGAAGCUUGAACUUCAAUGGGGAAUUUCGCUCUGAAGCAUGCUCUCCAACAACACAAGGUUUAGGGGCACCAGGUGUGAUAGAUGGCUUUAGUUCACCUGAGCUGCGAGGUGAGAUCGGAGCUGGGCUUCUGGAUCUUCACGCUGUGGAUGAUACCGAGCUUCUUUCCGAGCAUGUAAUGUCUGAACCAUUUGAGCUGCCACAGUUCAUGCCUUCUAAUGGGCUUGAUGAUAAUUUUGAUGCAAUGACCCACAAACAACAACAAGGACAAAUGGAUGGCAACAUUGUAGCAUCAGCUAGUGAAAAGGAGACGACUACAAAGGAGAACAAUGUUGCCAAGAUUAAAGUUGUGGUUCGCAAAAGACCUCUGAACAAGAAGGAGAUUUCUCGUAAGGAGGACGAUAUCGUCACUGUAAAUGAUACUGCAUAUUUAACUGUCCAUGAACCUAAAUUAAAGGUGGAUUUGACUGCAUAUGUGGAGAAGCAUGAUUUUUGUUUCGAUGCUGUUCUGGAUGAGCAUGUCACCAAUGAUGAGGUAUAUCGUGUCACUGUGCGGCCAAUUAUCCCAACCAUAUUUCGGCGAACAAAAGCCACUUGCUUUGCAUAUGGUCAAACAGGUAGUGGCAAAACUUACACAAUGCAACCUUUACCACUCAGAGCUUCGGAAGAUAUUGUUCAAUUGUUGCACCAACCAUGCUACCGCAAUCAGAAACUCAGAUUGUGGCUUAGUUACUUUGAGAUAUAUGGUGGAAAGCUAUUUGAUCUUCUUAGUGAUAGGAGGAAACUAUGCAUGAGAGAAGAUGGGCGGCAACAAGUUUGUAUUGUUGGAUUAGAGGAAUUUGAGGUUUCAGAUGUGCAGAUUGUUAAAGAAUUCAUUGAAAAAGGGAAUGCGGCAAGAAGUACAGGCUCCACCGGAGCCAAUGAAGAGUCAUCUAGAUCUCAUGCUAUUUUACAACUUGCCAUUAAGAAGCACAUUGAGGUAAAUGACACCAAAAGGAACAAUAAUGGCAGUAAGUCUAAGGGCGGCAAGCUUAUUGGGAAGAUAUCGUUUAUAGAUCUUGCUGGAAGUGAGCGUGGGGCUGAUACUACUGACAAUGACCGCCAGACCAGGAUUGAGGGUGCAGAAAUAAACAAGAGUCUUUUGGCCCUAAAAGAAUGCAUCCGUGCACUAGACAAUGAUCAAAUUCAUAUCCCGUUUCGUGGCAGCAAACUAACAGAGGUGCUUCGUGACUCCUUUGUUGGAAAUUCCAGGACUGUUAUGAUUUCCUGCAUUUCCCCAAAUUCAGGUUCUUGUGAACACACACUAAAUACUUUGAGAUAUGCUGAUAGGGUCAAAAGUCUAUCCAAGAGUGGCAAUUCCAGAAGGGACCAGGCUGCAAGCUCACAAGUACCAUCCAGCAAGGAAUCAUCUUCAGCAUUGGCAAAUCCUAUAUCUGUUAAACCAGAGGAUACCUAUGAAUAUGAGCAAAAUCAAGAGAUGAUGGCAGCAGAAAUGUCUGAGACCGAGAGAUGCUCGUCUGGUUUGAUGUUGCAUUAUCCAUUUAAUGGAAGGGAAGAAAGUAGGGCUACAUCCAGUUUACCGGAGAGGGGUCAGGUUAACAUAAAAAAUAGUUAUAUCAGUACUUCUAGUCAUAGAUUAUAUUCUUCUUCUCAGAACUCAUUUAGUACUCAGGAUGAAGAAAGUGUACCAAAGGUUCCACUUCCCCGUAGAAAAACAUGUAGGGAAGAAAAAUAUGAGAAACAAAAUAAUUGGCCCAGAAAAGACAGUGGGCCUGACUUGCCUGUCAAAAACUAUCAACGACAGCAGAUGUAUGAUUCUGGUGCUAAUGCUGCACCAAAGCAAUAUGAGCAGGAAAUUUCUUGUCAGGGUGGGGAAAUCAAUGCAAUACUUGAGGAAGAAGACGCUCUAAUAUCAGCUCAUAGAAAAGAAAUUGAAAAUACGAUGGAGAUUGUGCGUGAAGUGAGUUUACCUUCUAGCCUUUUGUUAGUUUCUUACAUCUUUGUCAGGAGAUGAAUUUGUUGGCGGCAGUACACCAACCAGGCAACCCCAUUGACAACUAUGUUACCCAGUUAAGCUUCAUGCUUUCGCGAAAGGCUGCUGGUCUGAUGAGCCUUCAGGCCCGGUUGGCAAGAUUUCAACAACGCCUAAAAGAACAGGAGAUCCUCAGCCGUAAGAAGGUCCUGCAGUAGUCUCUCUUUAGAUGUAAUUGUUGCCGUUGGCCAGUUGUGCCUGUCCCUGGCUUGUAAUCCUUUUAUUCUCAAUGUGUCAACAUAAAAUAUUAUCUCAGUGUUUAGGAAAUCAUUUGUAAACGGUCUUCAUCCUGCUUGAAUAGGUGAGUUAAUGGUUGGACUGUGGAGGGAAG